CCUGGAGGAGCAUGAAAAUCAGAUGACCUGUACACCGUGUAAAUGCGAGGUGAGGAUGGGAAAAAGUCAUUCAACAACCCAUCGUCCAACCAAUCUAUACCCAAGGAAAUCGGUCCCUCUCUAUUUCUCCCCUCCCCCUCCCUCGCUCUCUCUCUCUCCCUCGCUCUCUCUCGUCGUCUUUUCUUGCUUUAACCAAGAUUAUCGUAAUCUUUACUUCUGGUCUGCCUCAUGAGUUUGCCCAUGCACCCAUUCUGAUCCAAGUUGGGUUCGAUAGCUUCUGCAACUUCUAGAUCUUCUAGAGGUUUCUUUUUCAUUGCUUUUUCCGUUUCUUCACAGCAACAAGAAUGGGUUGCUAGCUCCACCGUUUUCUUGAUUCGCGGUGCUUGUAGAUACUAAAUCAAGUGCUUCGGGGUAUUCGUUUGUUGCUGUUCUCAUUUGGGCUUUGUGAUUUCUAUGAUGGUCUUGUGGGGAGUGGAUAUCACAAUCCAGCAGCUAUUAUAAUUGCAAUUCUAGCAUUACCUCCUCAUUCUUUUGGGUUAUUUCCUUUCUUUUUUGCUGGGUUCUGUGUAUAAAUCCAUAGAAACCGCUGCUGUCCGAUUGGUGACAUUUAUACUUUUCCCCUUUGUUGGGUUUUGGGGUGGCGGGCUGUCAAAUUUUUAUGGGAAGGGGAAGAGGAAAGGGGAAGAAGCUAACUGCUGUGAGCAGCCAUGAUGAUCCAGGGAGUGGCGGAGACGAAUCAAUCCCUGCUCAUAAGAGGAGGGGAAGACCACAGAAGCCUCUCAAGGAUGAGAUUGAAGAAGAUGAAGCUGAGAAGAUGGAGGAGGAAGAGGCGGAGCCUGUGGCGAAGAGCAAGGAGGUGAAGCCUCCUGCAGUUGCAGAGAACGGGAGGAAGAGGAAGCGAUACCCGCAGAUCAAGGAGAACGGUGAUUCGCAUCCAGAGCAGAACGGUGUCCCUGGAUCCGGUAACGAGGAGUCUGUGAAGCCCAAUGGUUUCCGGCAGAACGGCAGUCGACGGAAGAGUACGCCGCGCCGUGCGGCUGAGGCAGUUGUUGAGUGCAAAUGAUGUGGUGGCCUCUGGAUAACUGCAGCUUGCUACCUCCUUUUGCUCCACUAGAUUUUUGCUUGGGCUUGUUGUUGGUUAGUUUCCGGAUUAAAUUUUUUGUUAUAUCUGUUUUUUUAUGUUUCAUUUUUUGUUUACUCUUAGUUGGUUAGAGUCUUUAAUUUGGAACUUGCAGAGAGGGGUAUGUAUGUUUUUCCAUUUUGUUUGAUUGAAGCCGGAAAUCUGUUAUUGGAUGACGGAACUUGUUUUUGUUGCAUGAUCUCUUUGGUAUGAAAUAUAAACCAUUAUUUUCUUGCUUUC